ACGGGGGAGACUACGGUCUGGAUGACAAGGACAUGGAGGCGUCGGUGGCCACGGUGCGGUCGCUGUGCGAACAGAUCGAAACCGACCUGAUCUUCCUCAGAGAGCGAACAGACGCUGGAGGAAAGAUCAGAGACUAUCUGAUCCGCAGGCGUGUGGGCGAGGAGGACUUCCUGGAAGUCAGGGUGGCGGUGGUGGGGAAUGUGGACGCGGGGAAGAGCACUCUGCUGGGGGUUCUGACCCACGGUGAGCUGGACAAUGGCCGAGGCUUUGCUCGCCAGAAGCUCUUUAGACACAAACAUGAAAUGGAGAGUGGCAGGACCAGCAGUGUGGGCAAUGAUAUCCUGGGGUUUGACAAGGAGGGAGAGGUUGUGAAUAAACCCGACAGCCACGGUGGCGGCCUGGACUGGACGAAGAUCUGUGAGAAAUCCUCAAAGGUCAUCACCUUCAUCGACCUGGCGGGACACGAGAAGUACCUGAAGACCACCGUGUUCGGCAUGACGGGACACCUGCCUGACUUCUGCAUGCUCAUGGUUGGCAGUAACGCCGGCAUCGUGGGGAUGACCAAAGAGCACCUGGGUCUCGCUCUGGCCCUCAAUGUGCCCGUGUUCGUGGUGGUGACUAAGAUAGACAUGUGUCCAGCCAACAUCCUGCAAGAGACGCUAAAGCUGCUGCAGAGGUUACUAAAGUCUCCGGGCUGCAGGAAGAUCCCCGUGUUGGUCCAGAACAAAGACGACGUCAUCGUGACGGCGUCCAACUUCAGCUCCGAGAGGAUGUGUCCCAUCUUCCAGAUCUCCAAUGUGACGGGGGAGAACAUGGAGCUGCUGAAGAUGUUCCUCAACCUGCUCUCCUCCAGAACAUACUUCAACAACGACGAGCCCGCAGAGUUCCAGAUCGACGACACCUACUCUGUACCGGGCGUGGGCACUGUGGUUUCGGGGACCACGUUACGUGGAAUGAUCCGUCUCAACGACACGCUGCUGUUAGGCCCCGACCCGCUGGGAACCUUCAUCCCCAUCGCCGUGAAAUCCAUCCACCGCAAGAGGAUGCCGGUCAAAGAGGUUCGAGGGGGGCAGACGGCCUCCUUCGCCCUCAAAAAGAUCAAGCGCUCGUCGAUAAGGAAAGGAAUGGUGAUGGUUGCUCCAAAGUUGAUGCCUCAGGCCACGUGGGAGUUUGAGGCUGAGAUCUUGGUGCUCCACCACCCCACCACGAUAUCCCCCAGAUACCAGGCCAUGGUGCACUGCGGCAGCAUCAGGCAGACGGCCACCAUCCUCACCAUGAACAGAGACUGUCUGCGGACGGGAGACAAAGCCACGGUGCACUUCCGCUUCAUCAAGACCCCCGAAUACCUGCACUGUGACCACAAGCUGGUGUUCAGGGAGGGCCGCACCAAGGCUGUGGGCACCAUCACCAAG